ACCGACGUACACUAGGGGCUUGAGCGUUCUGCGGGUAGAGCGGGAAGUGAGACCAUGAAUUUGGGAGAUGGUUUAAAGCUUGAAACUGAAUUACUGGAUGGAAAAACCAAGCUAAUAUUGUCUCCAUAUGAACAUAAAUCAAAAAUUUCUGUGAAGAUGGGAAAUAAGACCAAGAUUGCAAAAUGUCCUCUAAAAACAAAACAAACUGGACACAUUCUAAAAUCCACACAAAAUACUUGUGUCAGGAGUGAAAAACAUUUGCAAAAGAAGAGAAUUGGUUCAGAAACUUCACUGGCAAAAGGUGAAAAAAAUAAAACGACUUUUUCACCCACUAAGGAUUUAUGCAAGCAGUAUGAGGAUAAUGACUGUCUUCAUAUCCAAAAAGGGAUUUCACCUGCGACUCCUAAUAUGCCGAAGACUAGAAACACCAUAACUACAUCUGCAGCUAAACAGAAGCCUUGCAGAAACCACAUCGCAGCUGAAAAUAUGAAGAGCAAUUUGGUGUGUCUAACACAAGACCAACUACAACAGAUCUUGAUGACUGUGAACCAAGGAAAUAGACCUAUUUCUCUGACGGAGAAUGGAACAGAGGAAACAAGUCAGUACAGUCUACAUUUCAACAAUAUUCCUAAUCAGCCAGAGGACGAGAACGUAAUGGGACUACUCCAAAAAACUGAGGCUGUUUCAUCUGUCUCAGAUGAAAAUAAAUCUGUUUUAAAUAAAAAGCAGGAGACAUCUAAGCAGCUUGAGCAGAAAAUUGCUACAGAGACUGUAUGGAAACCAGCUGACAUAUUCAGUACUCUCGGGGAAAGAGAACGUGAUAGAAGUUUGUUGGAAGCAAAGAAAGCCCAGUGGAGGAAGGAGCUAGAUGAACAGGUUGCUUUAAAGAAGAAAGAAAAAGAAGCUUCUGAAAAAUGGAAUAAUAAUCCUUGGAAAAAAUCUGAAAGUGAUAAAACAGUAUGGGAAAAACCUCAAAUUCUUGACCAAUCUCGGACAUCUACUAGCUCUUCAAGUGCUCCGUCCCCGUCCCCCAGCCAAGCAGUGGCAGUCCAGGCCGAUGGACACUCAGUGGUCAGAGCUAGUCAGAUUUUGGAGGAAGCAGUGCCCCUGGAGCCCCCUGUCAGUGCUGUGAAACAAGAGCAGCAGAAGAAAUGGAUUGGAGAGUUGAAUAAGCAAAUCGAAGAGGACCGGCAAAGAAAACGAAUGGAAAAAAUGAUAUAUUCAAAGGGCGAGGAACGUGACAGAUGGGCAAUGCAUUUUGAUUCCUUUAAGGGUUAUCCUGGUUCUCAGUCUCAGCUGUCCUCUCGAUCAACACACAAACAAGAGUACUUGUGUGUCUCUCCUGACACUCAAGAGCUAGCUGACAUCAGCAGUGUUUGUACACCUACAAAUGGAAGCCAGGUUGGACCUUCAGGGGAAAGACCUACAGCAAGACCUGUUAGGGACGUGGCUGUGACAGACAGUCAGAAAAUGAACUUUCUCCGUUCCAUGACUGCUCUCUUGGACCCAGCUCAAAUCGAGGAACAGGACAGACGACGACAGAAACAGUUAGAACAUCAGAAAGCCAUCACUGCUCAGGUAGAAGAGACGCGCAGAAGGAAGCAGCUGGAAGAAGAGCAGAGAAAGAGGGAAGAACGAGAAGAGGAGCGUCGCUUAGCCCGGGAGCGAGAGGCGGUGCAGAGACAGUAUGAAGAAGACAUACUUAAACAGAAACAAAAGGAAGAAAUCAUGACUCUCAAGACAAAUGAGCUGCUGCAGACAAUGCAGAGAGCUCAGGAACUGGCACAGAGACUGAAACAAGAACAGAGAAUCCGAGAAUUGGCUCAAAAAGGACACGACACUUCCAGAUUGCUUAAAAAUCUUGGUGGUGAUACAAUACAAAUGGAAUAUAACGCAUCCACUAACAACAUUUCAAAUUUAAGACAUAGCUCUGAUGAAGCCGGUGGUAAGAUGAAUACAUGUGUCAAUUAUACGACCUCUCCCAAGAAGGAUACUGGUGUGCAAACAGAUGAUUUAAAUACAGGAAUGUUCAGUACAGAAUCACACUGUGGAUCAGUACUUGAGAGGGAGAUUAUUGACUGUCCGUCUCCUGAGAUUUCUGCAGAAUUUAAUGGACAAUUUAACACUAAGAAAAACAAGCAAGAAUUAAGUCAGGAUAAAGGAGCCAACUUAGAAAACAGCUGGCAUAGUGGCCACUGUAAUCAGCUCACAAGGACAGAGAAGCAAAUCAGACACAUGAAGAAAUGUCUAAAAAGGCCUGACUGGAAUAUACAUAAGCCACUCAGAGGGUAUAUUCCAGCGUCAGAAAAGUACCCUAAACAGCUUCAAAAGCAGAGAGAAGAAAAAAAAGUAAGAAGGCAAAUGGAACUUCUUCACUUGGUAGAAAGAAAUAACCUUGGACACCUCUCUCCAAACAGCAGCUCUUCUCCGGAAGCUCUUCCCACAUCUCAUCAGGAAACUGAGUCAAGAUUCAGGUGGCACCUGGUCAAAAAGGAAGAAGAGCCUCUAAAAAUUAAUUCUUUCAGUAAGGAAAGUAGGCCUCAAUCACCAAUUCCAGCAGUGAAAAACAGAACCCAACAAACUCAGACUAAUACAUUACACUUACCACUAAAGAACAGUAGUUACGAGAGAGAGAAUCUGAUCUCAGAAGCUAGUCAAACAGAAUCAUCACUUGGGAUUUCUGAACCAUCUGAUUUUAUUCCCUAUGUCCGAACCAAUGAGAUCUAUUACCUGAAUCCAGAUGCACCAUUAUCCGGGCCUUCAACCCAGGACCCUCAGUACCAGAAUUCACAUGACGGUGACCAAGAACAACAGCAACUAUCUGAAUCUGACCUUGUCAGGGACCCGCUUCUUAACCCUAACCUGGUGAGAAACAGGGAUCGACAGCAAGCAAUCUUGAAGGGACUGUCAGAACUGAGACAGGGCCUUCUCCAGAAGCAGAAGGAAUUGGAAACUAAUCUCAUGCCUUCAGCUGCAAAUCAAGAAGAGAAUUUUAGUUCUUUGUUUUAACUGUAGAAAACCAAAUCCUUCACAUUUGUCUUCCAAAUUAUAAAAUGUGCUCUUUGUUCAGUUGUAUUUUUCAAAUGCUCAUUAAAAACUUUUAUACAUUAUGUAGUAAAAUGCUGUAUUUUUAUAUAAUAAAAGACACUUUUACAAAAGUUUUCUAGUUGGAAAAAAAAAAACACUUUUUCUUUUUUUUUUUUUGCUUUUUCAUAACCUGGGUAUUUAAGUCCCAUAGAAACAUUCUACUUACCGUGAUACAGUCUGGAGUCUCUGACCUGUUAACACAUUCUGCCCCACAAUACCACUCAUGUAUUUUGUUCUAUCAAUCAAUCAACAAAAACAAGUUGUUUAAAAAAAGCGGCAUUCUUCCACAGUCCUUUUGAGGUGCUGAAGUUCUGACUUCUUUUUUGUUUUCUAAAUCCUCUUUUUUCAAAACACAUUUACAGGUUAGCAUUAGUAAUGGAGAGGCAGUUAUGAGCAACAGAUGUGAGUUUUCUAUAUCCACCAUAUACUUUCCACCAUACACUUUAGCACCUAAACUGCUGAAUAAAUGGUAACUAAUCCUACUAAAGAUAAUGUCAAAAAAUAUACUAUAUACUUCCAGUCUUCUAAGACGACUGCCAGUUUAAAAAUCUAUAGGCAAGUUUUUUCCAAACAACUGUUUUAUGCCUUUAAGUAACAGAAGCCUAUUUUUUAAAAGAUGAAACUAAAUUUGGUUAAAUCAAGGCCCACACAAGCACUGAAAAUUGUAAUUAUCAAAUACUUUCAAAUAAAAAGCUGACUGAAAUUUUAGCAAUAGGCAAUUUUUACAUGGCUAAGCCUAAAGAUGAUAAAAAUAGUGCUGCUUGGUAUUAAGUCUUAUUUACAUAGUUGAUUAUCUAAAUGAAACUGCCAUUCUUAUAUAAAUCUUGUGGUCUUGAGCCAGAAUCCUGUAAAUAAUUAACAUCACUGGCUUAUACCUGUGUAAAAACACUAUACAAAAGCUUAAAUCAAAAUAAAUAAUCGGUAAUUCAUUUCAGCAAAAGUAGUUUGUAUCAUCUGACAUUAGAGGAAUAAAGGUAAAGCCACUGAUGUUUCCAUCCUUUCUGUAAAUACCUAGUUUUACAUAUAAAACAGGCUUCAAUUUGAAGCCCAAGUAUGUGACAUACAAAUGUAAAACUUAAAAGUGCCAUCAUGAGAUAUAAUUCAAGUAACAAUAUGUUAAAAAAUAUAUAUUUAUUUUAAUUUUUAGAUGCUUCAACUGUUACAGGCCAUCAUGAUUUAAAUAAGAGAAAAAAAUUGAGAAAGGACAAGAAAUCUUUUGUUUAGAGAAUGAAAUAUAAAUUGUUAACUCACUUUUAAGAAACAGAAGAAGUCCACAACAAACUAUUUAAAAAAAAAAAAAAAAAAAA